AUGUGUUUAGAGGGAUCGCAUGAUUUUGAGGAUGACGAAGACUGUGGUUUGUCUCCUGACUUGUUGAAGAUGGUAGAAAGGACUGAGAAGCAAAUCCUACCUCACAGGGAAUCAAUAGAAAUUGUGAGAUUGGAGGAAGUUAAAGAGGUGAAGAUCAGAUCAGAUAUCUUUGCAAAGACAAGACAAGACCUCAUCGAAUUACUCCAAGAGUUCAAGGACGUUUUUGCAUGGUCAUACCAGGAUAUGCCGGGGUUGAGUACCGACAUUGUAGUCCAUCGUCUCCCUAUAAGAGAAGAUUGUAAGCCAGUGCAGCAAAAGCUUAGAAGGAUGAGGCCUGAUAUCGUGUUGAAGAUAAAAGAGGAGGUCCAGAAGCAGUUUGAUACCGGAUUUCUGCAAGAAGUCAAGUAUUCUGAGUGGGUGGCCAACAUCAAACAUAAUCCUGGUACUUGGGAUGAAGAAUGUGAAGAAGCUUUUAACAAGGUGAAGCAGUAUUUGUCUAACACUCCAGUGCUGUCACCACCUAGCCCGGAUAGGCCGCUGAUAUUGUAUCUGACAGUAUUUGAUAAUUCCAUGGGGUGUGUGCUAGGCCAACAUGAUGAAACGGGGAGAAAAGAAAGGGCGAUAUAUUAUCUCAGCAAGAAAUUCACUGACUGUGAAAUGAGAUAUUCACCUAUUGAGAAGUUAUGUUGUGCCUUGAUUUGGACAACCCUAAGAUUAAGGCAGUACAUGUUAUAUCAUACGACUUGGCUAAUCUCAAAGUUGGACCCGUUAAAUUAUAUGAUGGAGUCAACUGUUUUGAAUGGGAGAAUGGCCCGAUGGCAGAUCUUACUGUCUGAAUUUGAUAUUGUUUAUGUGAGCCAAAAGGCUGUGAAAGGGAGUGCAAUUGCUGACUUUCUAGCUAGUAGAGCUUUGGAGGACUACGAGCCGUUGAGUUUUGAUUUCCCAAAUGAAGACCUGAUGUGUAUAGCGGCUACUGAGGAAAAUCCACAAGAAGGUCACGGUUGGAGGUUAAACUUUGAUGGAGCCUCGAAUGCUGUGAGUAAUGGAAUUGGGGCAGUCCUAGUGUCCCCGAAUGGUGAUUAUUAUCCUUUUACUUGCAAAUUGGAUUUUGAUUGUACAAACAACAUGGCAAAAUACGAAGCAUGCAUCAUGGGUAUUCGUACAGCUAUAGAACGAAGAAUCAAAGUGUUAGAAGUCUAUGGGGAUUCGACAUUUGUGAUAUAUCAGCUCAGGGGUGAGUGGGAAACAAGAGAUCCCAAAUUAAUCAGUUAUCGAAAGUUGGUCCUUGAAUUGAUUAAAGAGUUUGAGGACAUUACUUUUUGCUAUCUCCCACAAGAUGAGAAUCAGAUGGCUGAUGCACUAGCUACUUUAGCCUCCAUGAUCAAGGUGAACAGACAUGAGGAUAUGAAGCCUAUCCAAAUGAGUAUCUAUGAAGACCCGGCUCAUUGUUACAAUAUCGAAAAAGGGGAAAUUGAUGAUAGUCAUUGGACCUCUACCGGGGCAACGCCUUUCUCCUUAGUUUAUGGCAUGGAGGCGGUCUUGCCCAUCGAAGUUGAAAUCCCUUCUCUCCGGGUUUUAACUGAGCUACAAUUGGAUGAAGUAGAAUGA